CCGAGCCGAGCCGAGCCGAGCCGAGCCGAGCCGAGCCGAGGGGCUGAGGAUCCUGUCCCGGUCCCGGCCCUGGUCCCCGGCCCGGUGCUUGUCCCGGCCAUGCAGCGGCCCUGGCUGUUCGGGCGGCUCAAGGCGGCGGUCAUCGGGAUGGUGCAUGUGGCAGCGCUGCCAGGGACACCAAGAAGUUCUCUUCCAUUGACCCAGAUUAUUGAUCAAGCUUGUCAAGAGGCAGAAGCUUACAGGGAUGCUGGAGUUGAUGGCUUGAUGGUGGAGAACAUGCACGACGUGCCGUACACGGUGUGCCCGGGCCCGGAGGUGACCGCAGCCAUGGCAGUGCUCGCUGCUGCGCUGAGACAGAGCUGUCCCCGCGUCCCGCUGGGUGUCCAGGUGCUGUGUGCUGCCAACCAGCAGGCAAUAGCCAUUGCUCUGGCUGCAGGUCUUGAUUUUAUCCGGGCUGAAGGGUUUGUGUUUUCUCACGUUGCUGAUGAAGGGAUUAUAAAUGCCUGUGCAGGUGACCUGCUACGAUACAGAAAACACAUUGGAGCAGACAACAUUCAGAUUUUUGCUGAUAUUAAAAAGAAGCAUAGUGCUCACGCCCUGACGGCCGAUGUCAGCGUGGCCCAGACCGCGGGCGCUGCCCAGCUGUUCCUGGCCGACGGCGUGGUGCUGACCGGCACGGCCACCGGCCACCCCGCGGACCCCCAGCAGCUGCGAGAGGUGAAGCAUGCUGUGAAGAUUCCUGUGCUGGUUGGGUCUGGAGUGACUCUGGAGAAUGUGAGGGAUUACUUGGAUGCAGAUGCUCUAAUAAUUGGUUCAUAUUUCAAGAAAGAAGGAUAUUGGGCAAAUGCUGUUGAUCCUGACCGAGUCAAGAAAUUCAUGGAGCACAUAAGUAAACUGAGGGAAUGAGUUUGUCAGCAAACACUAUCUGUUUGUGUGUGUUUGUAGAAUUGGAGCAUGGUACAUCCUACAGAAUUAAAGCACAAAUCGUGGCCGGAUGGCAAAUAACACCAAAUAAAAAUGCACAUCAUCUCCAUUACUAGCUGGGAAGCUUGGUGACAUACUUCACAAUAACCUGCUGCUCUAGGCAGCACAUUUCUGUGGUACUUAAAGCUACCAUCAAUGGAAAGCCAACUCUGAAAUAUUAUGUGAGAUAUUCUCUCCUAUAAGUUAAAUGCUUACGGAGUUUAAGGAUUUUUAGAAAAUGUUCAUCACAGGUGAGCUGAGUUCUGUUUUGCCUUUAAGUACAGUAGGAUGUCCUAAGUUUACAGCUAAAAGUGUUGUAAAUUGGACAAGUUAAUUAGCCUUUCAGUUUCCCCAUCUGUAAAAUUAUGAUAAUAGCACCUACAUCACACAGGGGCCGUAAGACAUAAUGAAUGAAAGAAUGUACAGAGCUUUCAUCUCUCCAAAUGAAGGGCUCUUUUAAAGUUCAAGAUCAUUAUUAUUUUCAUUAGAAUUGUGCAUUUAUACAAUUGCUACAUUUUUUGUAAUACCACACAAAAAUUUAAGGAUAAUUGGGGUAUUGAUUUACUUACAAUACUUACUAGAGAAUAUAUGUAAAUACUUAAUUACAUUUUUAAGUAGAUUUGGAAUGUAGUCAAAAUGCUUUUGUAAAAACUGGAAAUUUUAAUAAAGGUUUAUUAUUUUUCAGCAAGCA